AUGGUCAGGACCUACCAGAUGGGCACAAAGAAUCCCUUAUCCGCCUACGGGACACAGCAAAACAUCACAAUAUCGGGUUAGUUUUCAACACUGUUUUGAACCACAAAGCAAAUGCAGAACACACUGAAUGGUACCAGGUCGUUGAAGCCAGCCCCGAAGAUCGCAAGGAGGUGAUUUCAGAACCAUAUGAAAUCGAAGCGUGGUUGUCCUUUGCUUUCGCCACAAGAGGAGAUACGUACAGUCAGAUGAAGUCCCAUUGGUACCACUUGGGGAUAGACUAUAAUCAGGAGGAUCAGAAGAAAGCAAUAUAUAAAAUAACAGGCGAUAAUGAGGAGAAAGAAUGGUGUCAAUAUGUGGAUACAUCUGGACUUGGCAACUACGACUACCUGAUGUUUGCUAACAUUGAUUAUUCUAACCCUAAUUUUCGUAAUGAUAUGGAGAACUGGGGAAUUUGGGUUGCUCGGGGACUUGGACUUGGGGAAUUUCGGUGGAACAUUCCCCUCCAUAUUAUCUCGGCUUCUGCUAACCACUUCUCUACCAGGUUCGAUGCUGUACGACACUUGUCUUCAGAAUUCCUUAAGGAAUUCAUUGACCAUCUAGACAAAACCCUCGGUGAAGACUGGUUCUUUGUGGGUGAAUACUAG